ACCAAAUCCAGACAAAAGUGGUUCUGUCUGAAUUCAUUCGCCAAGGGAAGGGAAGAGAGAGCGAGCGAGAGAGAUUCGAAAGGUCAGUGUGUGAGUUUUCGCAAAUAAUCUAAGGAUGAUUGAGUUUAGUAUCGGAGAGGAUCAAUCCGAUGAUUUAGUGUUUAAUGAUGUAAUCAAUCUUUAUGUGUGAGAAAGAGAUGUGGUUUGUGUGGUUUGCAGGAGGAGUGUGAGAGAGAUAGUAAGAGAGGGAGGGGGGGGGGAGAGAAGAGAGAGGUUUCGUGAGUGUGUGUUAAGAAGGUUUCAAAUCCAAUCCAGAUCUACCUCAUCUCGUUACUCAUCUGAUGGAAAGGAAGCUUGUGGUGUUGGGAAUCCCGUGGGAAAUUGAUUCAGAUGGGCUUAGGGAUUACAUGUCCAAAUUUGGAGAUUUGGAGGAUUGUAUCGUCAUGAAGGAUCGAUCAACCGGAAGAUCUCGUGGCUUUGGAUAUGUCACUUUUGCUUCUUCUCAAGAUGCUAAGGACGCUCUGAAAGGUGAACACUUUUUAGGGAACAGGAUCCUGGAAGUCAAAGUGGCUACCCCCAAGGAAGAGAUGAGACAGCCUGCAAAGAAGGUGACGAGGAUCUUUGUUGCUCGUAUCCCUCCUUCAGUUUCUGAAUCAGAUUUCCGAAGACAUUUUGAGAAAUAUGGGGAAAUCACAGAUUUAUACAUGCCUAAGGACCACAACUCCAAGCAACACCGAGGCAUUGGGUUUAUCACAUUUGCUACUUCCGAUUCAGUGGAGGAUCUGAUGGAAGACACACAUGAUCUGGGAGGCACAACAGUCGCUGUUGAUCGAGCAACACCAAAGGAGGAUGAUCCUCCUCCUAGGCCACCUCCAGCUGCUAGAAUGCAGCGCCCACCCGUGGCGGUUGCAGGUGGGUUUGGAGCUCCAGGUGGUUACGGAGCUUACGAUGCUUACAUCUCCGCUGCUACAAGAUACGCAGCUCUCGGUGCUCCUACUCUGUAUGACAACGCAGCCUCCUUCUAUGGAAGAGCUGAACCAACGAGGGGAAUAGGAAACAAGAUCUUCGUCGGACGCCUUCCUCAAGAAGCUUCCGUUGAUGAUCUCCGUGACUACUUCGGUAGAUUCGGCCGUAUCCAAGAUGCUUACAUUCCGAAGGAUCCAAAGAGAAGUGGACAUAGAGGUUUCGGAUUCGUGACCUUUGCUGAAAACGGCGUUGCGGAUCGUGUAGCCCGGAGGUCUCAUGAAAUCUGUGGGCAAGAGGUAGCGAUAGAUUCAGCAACGCCUCUUGAUGAAGCAGGACCUAUCGCUGGUGGAAGUUCAACGUUAAGUUCUUCUUCUUCUCGUCCUGAGUAUUUUGGUGGCUAUGGUGGAGGUCCAGUGCGUGCUUUUGGUCGAAUGUAUGGAGGAGCCAUGAGCUUGGACGAUUGGGGAUAUGGAGUGCCGAGCGCAAGACCAUCAAGAUCAGACUGGAGGUACCGGCCAUACUAAUAUGCCCACCAGACAAGACAUUAUCAUUAGCUCUUGCUUUGUCAUUUGUAUUAAGCUUCACUCAUCAGAUACAUUUAUCUAUUUUUACUUUGUUAUGGUGAACCUUCUUUGUGUUGGGAUGAGUUUAAAACAGAUAAAACCUUUACAAGAACA